CCUCAAGAAACUUCACAAUUCGAGCGUUUGUCAUCCUCUUGGGAGGGACACUCAGAGGGCCAUCGGAUUUGGAACUCAUUGUCGUCCAGCCAAAGCUAUUGGGGCACAAUGUAGAUUGCAGACACUUGACGACCCUAGGAGGAGAGGAUGUUUCGACCAAAAUGUGUUGCUACAACAGCAGGACAACUAAGUGAGGAAGUUUUUGAUGACAAGGCAAUCCUAAAGAGUUCCACGGAGAGGUUUUGGAGGAGUCUACAAUGGACUGCGGAUGGCACAAGCCUCGUCGCAAGUCUGGCAGACAACUCUAUACAUACCUUUGUCGUGUAGGCUGUUACGCUUGGCUUCCUUGAGGCAUAGCUAACAAAAGCUAGACCUCCUGAUCUGCUGGAUGAGGACCAACAGCCGCACCAUUUGUCUCCCUACUGUAUCAUCCCAUCUAAGGAGCCGGUAAACGCGAUUGCUGCAUAUCCAUUCUUUGACCUUUCGAAUCCUUCUACGACUUUGAUUCUAUCAUCUAUGAGAGACCAUCCCAUUCGCCUGAACUCAGCCAUCUCAGGACAUUUGGGUGCUUCCUACCCUCUGGUCAAUCCUAUGACGGAGGCAUAUAUCUGCCCAAAUUCGCUGCUUUUUACACCCCAGGGUGACCGCUUCAUUGCCGGCUCGGACUCACUACUCUCGCUCUGCGACCUGUCUCGCCCUGGUCAAGAACCGAUCUCAUCUAUACAGACUGGUCCCAAACGGAAGACCAGCGACUAUAACGCAACUACGAACAUGCGAGGGCUUGUAUCAACGUUGGCUGUGGACUCAUCAUCAGGUCUGUUGGCUGCUGGAACGUUUGGACGUCAAAUUGGCUUGUAUGCUUCAAUGGGCCAGGGCGAAUGCGUUGGAGUAUUCUCAGUCAAGGACACAGCAGCUGAUGACCAGAUUGGUGGUAGUGGUAUUACACAAGUAGCUUGGAGUCGGGAUGGAAGGUAUUUGUAUAUUUCCGAGAGAAAAAGCGAUGGGGUCAUCAUCUAUGACAUUCGCAACACUGGACAGUUGUUAUCAUGGCUUGUUGGUCGGAAUGCUCAGACCAACCAGCGGCUCUCAAUCAACCUGACCAGUACAGACGAAGAAGGUGGCCAUGAGAUUUGGGGUGGAGGAGUGGACGGAGAAGUUAGAGUAUGGAAAGAUUGCCAUCACCAAGAAGGGCCAAUUCAACCAGCUUUUUCCUUCAAAGCACAUAAUGAUGCAAUUUCAGGAACCGCGGUACACAGCAGAGGUGGCGUUCUGGCUACAGCUUCUGGCCAGCGUCGCUUCGGUGCGGGCCUGGAUGAAGGAGAGCUUGCUGGUGGAGUGAUUGAUAGUACAAUAAAGAUCUGGUCACUGUAACGGACUACUCGAACACUCGGCAGUUAUAAUCAUUGCUCUACCAUGACUAUCAUGCCGCUAUCGGUCCUCAGGUAACCUCGC